CAAAUUUCAAAGGAUUAUAGCGCUUUCUGCUUCAAUUCGGCUCUCAGUUGAGCUACGGGAGUUUGUGACUGGAAUUUAUUUAUCAAGUUCCGUUUUAGAUAGGUGUUGAAUUUCUCUCGGUGAUUAAGUUUGCUCGUCUUGAGUUUUGCAUUUUGAUAGUUGAAAUAUCUGACUUUUGAAUCUUUAUUUAUUUUUACUGUUCUUGUAUUGCUCUUAAUUACCGAAAUGAAUAUAUAUUUUAGUUGUAGGAUGCUCAGUUUGAGGCAUUCUCUUGCAACUAUCAGUACAGGAUUGCAGUCAGUUGAAUUUGGGGAGAAUCGCCAUCUAUGUCUGGUGGAAUGUGCUGCUAAAGGUCCUCGACCAAGGUACCCUCGCGUGUGGAAAACCAAAAAAAAGAUAGGGACCAUUUCAAAGUCCCUAAAGCUUGUUGAAUGUAUAAAGGGAUUAUCAAAUGUGAAAGAGGAAGUAUAUGGGGCUCUUGAUUCCUUCAUUGCUUGGGAACUCGAAUUUCCAUUGAUUACGGUGAAGAAAGCUUUAAAAAGUCUUGAGAAUGAGAAGGAGUGGAAGAGGAUAAUUCAGGUGACAAAAUGGAUGCUAAGCAAAGGGCAAGGAAGAACCAUGGGAAGUUAUUACACUUUGCUGAAUGCUUUGGCAGAGGAUGGAAGGCUUGAGGAGGCCGAAGAGCUAUGGCAGACACUGUUUACUCGGAACAUAGAAAGUAUGCCGCGCCUGUUCUUUGAGAGGAUGAUCUCUAUCUACUAUCAGAAAGAAAUGCAUGAGAAAAUGUUCGAGAUAUUUGCAGACAUGGAGGAGCUAGGUAUCAAGCCGAAUGUGCCAAUUGUGACGAUGGUGGGGGAGGUUUUCAAGAAACUCGACAUGCUGGACAAAUACGAGAAACGGAACAGGAAGUAUCCUCCACCAAAGUGGGAAUAGCGAUAUAUCAAAGGUAAGCGUGUCAAGAUAAGAAGCCAAUAUGCCGAUCAAAUCGAAGGCGACAGUGAAGUAAAUACCUCUAAAGUUGAAGCUAGUAGUGAUGCUGUUGAACUGCAUGAAAAAUGCAGAGGUAAAUAACUUGUAUCUGCCUGAAACAAAGGUUACAGAGUGAUAAUUGUAUUUUUAUUAACAUCAGUUUUGAUAUUCUAAUUAUUAGUGAA